GAGACACAAACACUGUAGGGAAAAAAAAAAAAAAUCACCAAAACCAAAAUCCCCCUCUUUAUUAUUUAGCCCUCUUGAGGGGAAGGUUUUGCACUCUUCCAAAUCUCUCUCUCUCUCUCUCUCUCUCUCUCUCUCUCUCUCUCCUCAUCCAUCCAUCUCUCCCAAUCCCAUCUAUGAGGAUCCGCAAGAGACCUCAUCUCUCCUCCUCCUCCUCUUCUCCUCUCUCUUCUUCUUCUUCUUUGGUGGUCUCAGAUCCAUCUCUCCCACUCCCACCACCACAAAAUGGAACAAGAGAGGGGCUGCUAAAGGAGAGAGAAAUAGGAGAGGGGUUGCACCCAGAUGGGGAUCUAACAAUAGAACCCCAUCAUGGGUAUUUUUUCCUGGGGGAAGAUCCCACAAAGAGGGGUUUAAAGGAUCCACCUCUCUCUACUAAUCCUUAUCCAACGAUUGUAGUGGAUCCUUCCCACAUCUCCACUUGUUGCAUUACUACCCCAAAUACUACCCAUGUUGAGUUGCUGAUGAAGGAAGUGAAGGAUGAGAAGGAAGGGGAGAAGAUGGUGGAUUCAAGGAGGAGAUGGGAUGCCCAAGUUAAUAGUAAUAAGAGAAUAGGGAGUGGCUCAAGCUCCAGAGAGAAGGCUCUCUCUCAUAGGAAAAGAAAAGGAGUGUGUGACAAUGGUGGUCGUAGUACUGAGGUAUCCGAAGAGAACCCAGUUAAGAAAGAGAAGAAGCCUAUGGGGAGAGCGAGAGCGAACACCACUUCACUUAUCGACCAUUGCACCGCGGAUAACGGCGGCGACAGCAAGGAGGGCAAUAGCGAAGGGACGAAGGAGGAGAAGGGAGGAGUGACGGCGAACGCAAGUGCAGGGAAGAAGAGGCGGAGCCCCGCGGUGUUAAUGGAGGGCUCGCGGUGCAGCCGCGUGAACGGAAGAGGGUGGAGGUGCUGCCAGCAAACGCUUGUGGGUUACUCUCUUUGCGAGCACCAUCUCGGCAAAGGGAGGCUAAAGAGCAUGAGUAGCGUGCGCGGCCAAUUGGGUGUUACAGCCAAAUCGAAAAGAAGCGCUUCUGUGAAAGGCGGAGAUGGUUCGGUUGCUGCAUCUUCUUCGUCUCAGGAGCUUCUGGAGAAGCCGAAGCAGCAGCUGAGCUCAGAAGCCGAUAAUGGAAAAGAAGUGCUUUUCGAGGAGGAGGCGGAGGGGGAGGAGAAGGCAGUGCGAGGGAGUAAGAAGAAGAAGAUUGGAACGGUGAAGGCCCGAUCGAUUAGCAGUCUCCUCGACAAAACGAAUGGUAGCCACCCGACGGUGUCUUCGACCGUAUCACCGCCACCUUCGUCACCGUUGCUCAAUAUUAUAUAGUCGUGAAAAUGCAUAGAAAUUAAUGGUCAAGCUGUUAAUUAGUUUGAUCAAGAAAGUGUGCUUCAAUUUUUGCAGUAGGAAGUUCUUGUUGUAUGGAAAAGUAAGCAGAUGCAUGCUUCAUUGCACUCAACAAAUGCUCAUUCCCUCUUUAUGUAUAUUCUCCUACUCUAGAGAACCAAACCAGGAGAACACAAUACCUUUUUUGGUGCAAGUGUUACUAUAUAUUGUUAUUACUAACAUAAGACUAUUUCUGAUCCA